AUGUGCGUGUCCCCCGCCAAACUGGCGGGGCAGUCGCUGCGGCGCGUCCCGCUUCAUGGCGUCUGCGGCUACGCGCCCGGCUGCAUCCCCGCCUACAGCAACGGCACGGAUGGCACCUUCACCGCCGAGCGCCACUACGAGCAGCACUACUUCAUGGGAUACAAGUGGCAGUGCGUGGAAUUUGCCAGGCGUUGGUUGUUCCACCGCAAAGGCCUGGCGCUGCCGCAGUACGACUUUGCCGCCCACCUGAUCCACCUGCAGGAGGUGCGGGACGUGUGCACCGGGGCCGCCGUGCCGUGCCGCUUCAUUCCGCAGGGCUCAACGGAGCCUCCGGAGGCCGACAGCCUCAUUGUUUACCCUGGCUCCAGGAAAAACAUUGUGGGCCACGUGGGCGUCAUCACGCAGGUUACCUCGACGAGUGUGCAGGUGGCCGACCAGAACCGCUUCUUUCAUCACUGGGGCGAGAACGCCUUCUCCGCCGAGUUUCCCCUGGAGCGCGUGGAUGGUCGCUACUAUGUCCGUGACCCCGACUCGGUGGCGUGUCGGGGAUGGAUCGUCUUCCCGGGGCGACCAAACCGCCUGGAUGGCGGACCGCCCCAGUUGGAGCCGCACAUGUCUGGCCCCCCGUCCCUUCCGUGCACGCGACGCAUCGCGUACGUGGCGCAGCAGUUAUGGGCGUGGUGCACGGGGCGCGAGACCCUCACAUUCUCCCCGCUCUAA